AUGGCAACACGAAAGAACAAGGACAAGGGAGACAAGCUCACGCGUAUUGCCAUCGUGAGCAGCGACAAAUGCAAGCCCAAGAAAUGUAGGCAAGAGUGCAAGAGGUCGUGCCCCGUGGUGAAGAUGGGCAAGCUCUGCAUCGAAGUCACCGAGAAGGACAAGCUCGCCACCAUCUCCGAGGAGCUGUGCAUCGGUUGUGGUAUCUGCGUGAAGAAGUGCCCCUUCAAGGCCAUUCAGAUCAUCAACUUGCCCAAGAACCUCGAGUCCGCCACUACUCAUCGCUACGGUUCCAACUCCUUCAAGCUUCACAGGCACGUGCUCGGUCUCGUCGGCACCAACGGUAUCGGCAAGUCCACUGCCCUCAAGAUUCUUGCCGGCAAGCUCAAGCCGAACCUUGGUCGAUGGAAUUCGCCGCCCGAUUGGCAGGAGAUUUUGACCUACUUCAGGGGCUCUGAGCUUCAGAACUACUUCACCAAGAUUCUCGAGGACAACCUCAAGGCCAUCAUCAAGCCGCAGUAUGUGGACCAGAUCCCCAAGGCCGUCAAGGGCAACGUCUCCAAGAUCAUGGAACAGAAGGACGAGCGUUCGAUCAAGGAUGAAAUCUACGACCAGCUCGAUCUCAACACCGUGCUGGACCGCUCUGUGGAGGCCCUGUCCGGAGGAGAGUUGCAGCGUUUCGCCAUCGGCGUGGUCUGCGUGCAGGAGGCCGACAUCUACAUGUUCGACGAGCCCAGCUCCUAUCUGGACGUGAGGCAGCGUCUGCGCGCUGCCCGCACCAUCCGAACGCUCCUGCAGCCCACCAAGUACGUGAUCGUGGUGGAGCACGACUUGUCGGUGCUGGACUACCUGUCGGACUUCAUCUGCUGCCUGUACGGCGUGCCGGGCGCCUACGGCGUGGUGACGCUGCCGUUCUCGGUGCGGGAGGGCAUCAACAUCUUCCUCGAGGGCUUCGUGCCCACCGAGAACCUGCGUUUCCGGGAGAUCUCGCUCUCGUUCAAGCUCUCGCACACCGUCGAGGACGACACCCUCGCCGGCGCCAAGCACCGGCGCUACAGCUACCCGAACAUGGUCAAGUCGUUCCAGGGCAAGGGCGCCGACACCGCUGGCUUCAAGCUCGAGGUCGAGGCCGGCGACUUCACCGAUUCGGAGAUCAUCGUGCUCCUGGGCCAGAACGGCACCGGCAAGACCACCUUCAUCCGCAUGCUCGCCGGCCUGCUGCCGGCCGACCCCGGCUACCCGGAGAUCCCCAAGCUCAACAUGUCCUACAAGCCGCAGAAGAUCGCGCCCAAGUUCGAGGGCACCGUGCGCGACCUGCUCCAGAAGCGCAUCCGCGAGGCCUACCUCCACCCGCAGUUCGUGACCGACGUCACCAAGCCCAUGUUGAUCGAGGAGAUCAUCGACCAGGAGGUGCUCCACCUCUCCGGCGGUGAGCUCCAGCGCGUCGCGCUCGUGCUCGCGCUCGGCAAGCCGGCCGACAUCUACCUCAUCGACGAGCCCUCGGCCUACCUCGACUCGGAGCAGCGUAUCGUCGCCGCCCGCGUCAUCAAGCGCUACAUCCUCCACGCCAAGAAGACCGCCUUCAUCGUCGAGCACGACUUCAUCAUGGCCACCUACCUCGCCGACCGCGUCAUCGUCUACGACGGCGAGCCCUCCGUCGACUGCCGGGCCAACGCGCCCGAGUCGCUCAUCACCGGCAUGAACAAGUUCCUCAAGGCCCUCGAGAUCACCUUCCGCCGCGACCCGACCAACUUCCGCCCGCGCAUCAACAAGCUCGACUCGAUCAUGGACAGCGAGCAGAAGAGGGCCGGCAACUACUUCUUCAUGGACAACACGGAGGAGUAG